AAGCUCAUUGUUAGUGAAAUAUUCAUCACAGCACGUCGUAAAGCAGUACGAAACAGCGAGACCACUAGAAAGCGCAUAAGAAUUUUAGUAUUCACUGUACGUCCAAGUAGCUAAGUUGAGCUGAUCGUCAUCUGGAGAUUUUCAAAAAUCAGCAUAAUGGCCAUCACAUCAAUUUUAUGGCUCUUAAGUGUCAUCCUGAUCUCACAAGGCAAAGAAAUCGUCAUCUACAACGAUUGCAUCGAUUUUCAUUUAAAUGGAUGCAGUUUCAAAAACAUGUCUUACAUCAAGGCGAGAACUUCGCUUGGCUAUUACAACGAAAAAAACGAACCACCGUGUGAAAGAUCCAUUGACAGGUCUAAUGUAUGCCGUGGAAAUGGAUGGACAAAGCUAAGAACAGUUGACAGUCGUUCUGUGAAUACUUUAUACGACUCGAAUAUAUGGACAGCAAAAGGGGUGAAACAGACUGCCUUCAAUCCCAUGUUUUGGAGCACAAACGUUAGCGAGAUUUGUGUCCAGGCUGGAGGUCUCGACUUCAAAAUUUCUGUCCAAGCCCCUUCAAUGCGCAGUCUUUUCUUCGAAAAGAGAAUAUUGAACACGAAUCCUCAAUUUUGGUUAGAUGCCAUUGUCAUUAAACCUUUGAGAAGGGAAUUCAAUUUUGUUCAUGGUUGCUACGAAGCCGGGUUCAAUGUUGGAAAUUCCACAUCUGUGCGUGCUCGUUUGGGCAUCGUGAGUCUUAAGAAGCCAGGUUGCCCUGAUAAAGACCAAGCUAUUGGACUAGGAGUUCAUGUCCCAGGAACAACGCAAGAAUCGACAAUAUACUCAUCUCGACAUUUUAUAUCCCCAGGUGAUAUUAAGAUACACGUACGUUCGCGUCCUGUAGGUUAGGUACUCAUAAACGAAUGCUGAUUUGCAGAUGAAGUACAUACACAUAUUUAGUUAUAAUAUGUGUAUGUACUUCAUCUGCAAAUUAGCCUUGUUAUCAGAUAAAAAUCCGUACAUCAAGUUAGUUUUCUCCACAUAUUUACCAUUUAUGUUAGAACAAGGAUCAAACGAUUUGUAAUUUUAUAUAUUUGAUUUACUUGUUAAUGUAAGAGUAUGUAUUUAUUAUUACUAAUAAUACUCCUAUUAUCAUUUAACCUCAACAAAUUACAGUUAAGACAGUUUCUUUCAAAGCGAACAUUAGUCAAUUUGUAGCAAAUAAACUAUGUAAAACAACUAAUGCAAUAACCUUAAUAAUAAAUAAACACUUUCUUGUUUCUGCAAA